AUGACAACGUCCAGUUUACAAAAAUUCGUCGGAGCAAAAUUAAUUAGUGAUAUGUUACGAUGUGAUUCCGUUCGACAAAAAGAACGGAAUGAUUGGAAAGUUCUUGUUAUGGAUCGUUUAGCAACACGAAUUAUAUCAGCAUCAUGUAAAAUGCAUGAUAUUAUGUCGGAAGGAAUUACAAUUGUUGAAGAUAUUAUGAAAAAACGCGAACCAUUAGGAAUGCUUGAAGCUGUUUAUUUUAUUCAACCAACUGAAAGAUCAGUCAACGAACUUAUUAAUGAUUUUGAUAAAGCAAAUGCUUUAGUACCAAAAUAUAAAGCAGCACAUGUAUUUUUUACUGAAGCAUGUAAUUCUGAAUUAUUUACAAAAUUAACUCAAUCAAAAUGUGCAAAAUAUAUAAAAACAUUACGAGAAGUUAAUAUUGCCUUUUUACCAUAUGAACGUCAGGUUUUUACACUUGAUUCACCUGAUACAUUUUUUAUUGCAUAUGAUCCAUCACAAUCUCAAAUACGAGCUGCACAUUUAGAUGUUAUUGCUGAACAAAUUGCAACAUUAUGUGCAACACUUGGUGAAUAUCCAACAAUUCGUUAUCGAUGUGAAAAUGAAAAGAUGCUUGAAUUUGCACAUGCUGUACAACAAAAACUUAAUCAAUAUAAAGCUGAUGAUGCAACAAUGGGCGAAGGUGGUGAUAAAGCAAAAUCAGUUUUACUUUUACUUGAUCGUGGUUUUGAUGCUGUUUCACCAUUACUUCAUGAAUUAACAUUUCAAGCUAUGGCACAUGAUUUAUUAAAAAUUGAAAAUGAUGUUUUUGAAUAUGAAGUUCAAACACCUGGUGUUGAUCCAAAAACAAAUCCAGGACAAAAACAAAAAGUUUUAUUAGAUGAAAAUGAUGAACUUUGGACUGAACUUCGUCAUCAACAUAUUGCUGUUGUUACACAGAGUAUUACAAAAAAAAUUAAAGAUUUUGCAAUACAAAAACGUGUUAAAGAAUCUGAUCGAGGUGAACGUACAACAAUGAAAGAUCUUUCAUUAAUGAUUAAAAAAAUGCCACAAUAUCAAAAAGAAUUAAAUGCAUAUGCACUUCAUUUUAAUAUUGCUGAACAAUGUAUGAAUGCAUAUAAUCGAGAUUCAGGAGAAAAAUUAUGUUCAGUUGAACAGAAUUUGGCAAUGGGUACUGAUCCUGAAGGUGAACGUAUAAAAGAUCAUAUGCGUAAUAUCGUUCCAUUAUUACUCGAUACUGUUAUUGCUAUUGAAGAUAAAUUACGUAUUAUUAUGUUAUAUAUUCUACAUAAAAAUGGUAUUACGGAAGAAAAUCUUGAUAAAUUAUUAAGUCAUGCAUUAAUUCCAACAGAUAAAAAAACUAUUAUAUCAAAUAUGCAACAUCUUAAUUUACAAAUAAUUCAAGAUCAAAGUCGAGCUGGAAGACGAAGAAAUAUUCCACAACCAAGAAAAGAACGUACAGAAACAACAUAUACGAAUUCAAGAUGGACACCAUAUGUUAAAGAUAUCAUGGAGGAUAUUAUUGAUGAUAAAUUGGAUCAAAGACAAUUUCCGUCAGUUGGUGGUCAAAGAAAUGUUGCGGCUAAUUAUGCUGCACAAAGUUCUCGAGAAUUUGGUGGUUGGAUACAUAAUCGUAAAGGUGCAGUUCGUUCAGGUCCACGUUUAAUUAUCUUUAUUCUUGGUGGUGUUAGUUAUAGUGAACUUCGUUGUGCAUACGAAGUAACACAAAAUAAUAAUAAAAAAUGGGAAGUAUUUAUUGGUAGUGAUCAUACAACAACUCCAAGACACUUUCUACGUGAUCUUGAAAUGAAACCUCGACAAGAAGAUGAACAGUAG